AUGGACAUGGACGGAAGAUCCGUGUGGAAUAAAGACCCCAAUUUAAGUCCUGUGAAUGAAACUCAGAUGUUUCUAUAUGACACGUUCCCUCCAAAGUUCCUCUGGGGUGUAGGAACUGGCGCUUUUCAGGUGGAGGGCAGUCAGCGGAAAGAUGGAAAAGGACCCUCAAUAUGGGAACAUUUCAUCCAGUCACCUCUCCGAGCUGGUUCCAGGAUAGAUGACUCCAGUGACAGCUACUCUCUCCUGGAAAAAGAUUUGUCAGCUCUGGAUUUUUUGGGUGUUUCUUCUUACCACUUCUCAAUUUCAUGGCCAAGACUCUUUCCCACUGGGAUGGUCACAGCUGUCAACAAAAAGGGGCUCCAUUAUUACAACAGACUUCUCAAUGCUCUUGUUCACAGACAGAUCGAGCCCGUUGUCACACUCUACCACUGGGAUUUACCUUUGGCACUGCAGGAGGAAUAUGGAGGCUGGAAAAAUGAAUCCCUCAUUGAUAUUUUCAGGGACUUUGCUGUGUUUUGCUUCCAAGCCUUUGGGGAUCGAGUUAAAUACUGGAUUACAAUCCACAACCCUUACCUAGUUGCUUGGCAUGGGUAUGGCACGGGUAUCCAUGCUCCAGGAGAGAGGCAGGAAAGAGCAGCCGUCUACAUUGUAGGACAUAAUCUGAUCAAGGCUCAUGCAAGAAUCUGGCAUCAUUACAACAAGCAUUUCCGGCCGCAUCAGAAAGGAUUUCUGUCAAUAACGCUGGGAUCCCACUGGAUUGAGCCCAACCGCUCCAAGGACACCUCAGACAUCACCAAGUGUCAGCAGUCCAUGCAGACAGUGCUAGGGUGGUUUGCCAACCCAAUCCAUGGAGAUGGAGAUUAUCCCGAAGAGCUAAAAAGUGAACUCGCUGACAUCUUGCCCAAUUUUACCAGGACAGAGAAAAAUCAUAUAAAAGGAACUGCUGAUUUCUUUGCUUUUUCCUUUGGCCCGAAUAAUUUUAUACCACGAAACAUGUUACCUAAAAUGGGGCAAAAUUUCUCACUCAACCUAAGAGAAGUACUAAACUGGAUUAAAUUGGAAUAUCGCAAUCCUAGAAUCUUUAUUGCAGAAAAUGGGUGGUUUACCAAAAGCGAUGUCAAAACAGAAGAUACCACAGUCAUCUACAUAAUGAAGGGUUUCAUUAAUAAAGUCUUACAAGCUAUCAAGUAUGACAAGAUUGAUGUAUUUGGUUACGCUGCUUGGUCUCUCUUGGAUGGAUUUGAAUGGCAACAUGCUUACAACACCAGGCGAGGAUUAUUUUACGUUGAUUUCAACAGUAAAGAAAAAGAACGGAUUCCUAAGUCAUCUGCAUUGUAUUACAAGCAAAUCAUACAAGAAAAUGGCUUUCCUAAAAAGGAGUCAACGCCAGCUUUACACGGUCAAUUUCCCUGUGAUUUCCUUUGGGGCAUGACAGAGUCUGUUAUCAAGGCUGAAUCUGUUGCCUCAUCUCCCCAAUUCCGUGAUCCAAACCUGUAUCUCUGGAACAUUACUGGAGAUGGGCUUUUCCAUCAGGUGAAGGGAGUCCAGUUGAAAACCCGUCCGGCUCAGUGUACAGAUUUUGUGAGCAUUAAAAAGCAGCUGGAACUGUUGUCAAAAACAAAAAUCACGCAUUAUAGAUUUGCACUCAAUUGGUCUCUGCUUCUACCCAGUGGAGGGUUGUCGUCCAUCAACACGCAAGUCCUUCGAUAUUACCGAUGUAUGGUUAGCGAGAUGAUCAAAGCCCAAAUUAGCCCUGUGGUCACUUUAUAUUACCCAACCCACCGCUCUUUGGGUCUUCCGGGGCCUUUAAUUCAGAAUGGAGGAUGGUUAAACCAGUCUACUGUUCAGGCUUUCAGAAACUAUGCAGAAGUGUGUUUUCAGAAGCUUGGGCACUUGGUUAAAUUCUGGAUCACAAUAAACGAGCCCAAUCGACUCAGUGAUAUUUAUAACAACAGUAGCAAUGAUACUUAUCAAGCAGCGCACAAUUUACUGAUAUUACAUGCCAUGGCAACGCGUCUAUGAUAAAAAAUGAAUCCCCUUCAGCAUGGUCAGGUGUCUCUGUCUCUGCAUUCUGAUUGGGCAGAGCCCGCCAAUCCCUUUCUUGACACACACCGGAAGGCUGCUGAAAGAUUUCUCCAGUUUGAAAUUGCUUGGUUUUCAGAUCCAAUUUUUAAGACAGGUGAUUACCCGGUCGCCAUGAGAGAACACCUUGGCAUUAUGGAGCAAGGAGGCCUCUCUGGCUCUGCGCUGCCACAUUUCACAACGGAGAAAAGAGAGGUGCUUGAUUUUUAUGCCCCUGGAAUCACUUCCUCCACAAGGUUUGUGAUCCUGCAGGGGACAAAAAUGGAAGUCGAGAUGCAAUUCGAUUGGGAUGUGGCGUUUCUCCAAGACUUGACCUACCUAAAUUCCCCGUCUCGCUCAGCAGUAGUGCCAGAGGGGUUACGCAAAAUGCUAAACUGGGUUAAGAAGCGCUACGGAAACAUCGAUAUCUACGUGACAGCCAAUGGGAUAGAUGACCACUCUUUAAAUAACGAUGAACUUCGAAAAUACUACAUUGAAAAAUACAUACAAGAAGCCUUAAAAGCUCACCACAUUGACAAAGUCAACAUUAGAGGCUAUUUUGCAUUUAAACUGACUGACGAAAAGGCCAAACCCAGAUUCGGAUUCUUAUCUGACUCCAAAGCCAAACCUGCUGUGGUUGAAUGGGGUUAGCGUGGCGGUGGGCAGGAGAUCCCGCUAAUAUUCUUUGGGUGCUGCCUUUUGUCAACUUUCAUUUUGCUUAUGAGUGUUAUCCUUGUCCACAAAAGAAAAUGUCAUUGAGAUAAAACACUUCGAAACCUCUAUGCCCUACCAUAAAAGUAGGCACAAGAAUGUUCUCAAUCAGAUAUAAGGCUACCUUCAUACUGCAUGUACAACAAGGAUGAGACCAUUAAA